AUCAAAUUUUGUGUUGUCAUUAAGAUUCAUGGAGAAAAAAAAAUCUAAAUCAAUACUGUUCAGUUCACUCUUGAGCUAAGGUUUUUAUGUUAACAUAUUUCUUCAUUUCCAAAUGGAUUUAAAUAUUUCAUAUUGUUACUUCCAAUAUGUCUAGAUCAAUGCUUGCUGCAAGAUUUGUUGUGGGUGGACUGACAUCCCCCAUGUUGAGAUGUUCUUUUACAAAGGUUAAUGCAGUUGCAAAACCAAACACUUUUAGAAGUGGCUCAUGGCGGCAAUUCGCAGAAGAUGCUCGGGAGACCAAAACAUGGGGUCGAAGAAGAAGAAGUUUAAAAGAAAUGGCAAUGGAGCCAGCUGGUGAAACUUCAUUUCAAAUUGGGAAGGCAGCAGUGGCAGGAGGUGCAUUAUGUGGAAUUGGAGCUCUUUGUUACUAUGGUCUUGGUUUAGCCAACAAGCCUGGUAUUGUAGACCAGUCAAUGGUAUGGCCUGAAUACGUCAAAGAGCGAAUCAGGGCAACAUAUAUGUACCUUGGUGGUUCACUAGCAUUCACAGCAGCCAGUGCCGCUGCUGUAUUUCGUUCCCCUGUUGCACUGAACCUAGUCAGUCGAGGAGGGUUUGUGGCAAUAGCAGUGAGCUUGGCAGCUUUAAUUGGCACCGGAGAAUUUUGUCGAAGUAUCACUUACCAGCCUGGUUUUGGUCCUAAGCAAAUGGCAUGGAUUCUGCACACCUCAGUUAUGGGAGCAGUUAUUGCCCCAAUAUGCCUGCUGGGAGGUCCCAUUUUGAUUAGAGCUGCUUGGUAUACGGCAGGAGUUGUUGGCAGUUUAUCAGCAGUUGCUGCCUGUGCUCCAAGUGAUAAGUUUUUGAAUAUGGGUGGACCACUUGCUAUCGGUCUUGGAGCCGUUUUUGCUGCUUCAUUAGGUUCUGCAUUCUUGCCGCCAACCACUGCCCUUGGUGCUGGAUUAUAUUCAAUAUCCAUGUAUGGAGGGUUACUUGUCUUCUCUGGACUCCUGCUGUAUGAUACCCAAAGAGUUGUGCGGUCUGCGGAGACCUAUCCCCAAUAUGCUGCUCAUCCUUUUGAUCCAGUCAAUGCAUCCAUUUCUAUUUAUCUUGAUGUGAUCAACAUAUUCAUCAGGAUUGCCACAAUGCUUGCAACCUCAAAUCAGAAGAGAAAGUAAACUGAUAAUCAAAUGAACAAAAUUAUCAACAGAUAAUCUUUAAUUAAUUACAUGUGAUUGGAUUUUGAUUAUACUUUGUUGGUUAAAUAAUAAUGAUUUUUUUACUCUUAUUAUUAUAGUUAAGGUAUUGUUGAUUUAUGAUAAAAAAUUAUGUGUUAUUUAUCAAAUUUAAUUUAUGUCUCUUCUUUAGAUGGUUUGAGACAUUAAAAAAUGUUUAUAAUGUAAUUAUUUUUUUGCAAAAAUAAUUAGUUUAUUGAUAAAAAAAAAGAGAUAAUUUAAAGAUCUUUUCUAUUAUUAUUUGCAACCAGUGAUACUUAGGUGAUUUGAUAUUUGAAUCCAUCUUUAUGCUUCACUAGUCAACUUGUAUCAGUAACAGAAUUUCUUCAUAUCUUAUUUUCAAAAAUGUUUUCUUC